CCCUCUUCUCUACAGUCUGCGCUUCCUCACGGAGCUAGGUGCGUAUCAUUGGAUCAGUAGCGGCUGCCUGCCACACUGUCCAAUCGCAUCUAGGGAGAGAAAAGAGACACAAGGAGAGGGAGAGAGAGAGAGGAAACGAGAGAGAGAGAGAGAAAGAGAGAGAGAUGGGGGAGGGAGGAGAAAGAAAGGAAGAGAGGGACAGAGGGAGAUUGAUCAUUUGAACGUCCUGGGCCUUGCGUUUUCUUGGAGAACAUUUCUACUACAUCCAAAACGUCUUUCCCCUUCUUUUCCACCUUUCUCGGACUGAACGCUUGAGGGUUAUUUUUUUCUUCUUUCUUUUUGGGUUAUUCUCACUCAGAAGACGUGCCAUCGCCACCACCACCAGCAGCAGCAGUAGCAGUAGCAGCAGCAUCAUCAUCAGCAGCAGCAGCAGCAGAGGAAUAUCUCCCAAUAUCCCAUCCCGGGCACGUCGGAUAAGCUGCAGCAGCGAAAACACGAGGCGAUUGCGGUGGACGGGUACGGGAACAUGGUCCGUGGGAUUUCACACCUCUCACCCUGGCUGGGAGGCAGUUUGGGCUUGUUAUGGGGGUGACCGGAAGGAGAGAGUGACAGAGGAACAGUGAUGCUACUGUUUACAUAACGAGACACACACACACACACACACACACACACACAUACACGCACACACACAUUCACAUACACACACACACACACACACACGCUCAAAAUCGCCAGUGCAGGACAUACACACUUUGCUUAAACACUUCCAAACAUACACACACACAGACACGUAUUCAAGGGACUCUCGGACUGAGUCACCACACUGUCAGAGGCACAGAAUCACUGACUCACACACAGAACCAAGCACACACACACACACACACUCAUACACACGAGGAAAAGGUUGUUUGCAAGAGCCAGGACUGUGUGUUGUGUGUGCUAUGGGCCAAGCUGAACAGCAGCUGUGUGUGAGUGUUGGAUAUCUCUGAAGGGUCAACGCAGCCGUAACCCUCCCCCAGUCCCUUCCUCCUACCCUCCCUUCCCUAAUCUCCCAGCUACCCCUAAACACACCAUCAUGUCCGAGCCGAGGACCAGGAGAACUCCCUCGUCUCCUCUCCCGUCCUUUUCCUCCCUGCUUGGGUUUCUAUCCCUCUUCCUCUCCCUCUGCCUCUCCCUUUGUCUCUAUCCGGCCUCCUCAUCGGCGCAGCAAACUGUGCCCGUCAUCUCCACGGCGCAGGGCCGCAUCCGUGGCAUCCUGACCCCACUGCCCUCCGACCUGUUGGGGCCCGUCAUCCAGUACCUGGGAGUACCAUACGCAAGGCCUCCUACGGGGGACCGCCGCUUCCAGCCGCCCGAGCCUCCUUUACCCUGGCCAGGAAUACGAAAUGUGACACAGUUUGCUCCCGUGUGCCCGCAGUCACUGGAUGAGAGGAGCAUGCUGGGAGAUAUGAUGCCGUCCUGGCUCACGGCCAACCUGGAUAUAGCGGCGACGUACCUCACUCACCAGAGUGAGGAUUGUCUCUACCUCAACAUCUACGUGCCCACGGAGGAAGACAUCCAUGAGGAAGGGGGUCAGCGGCCGGUGAUGGUCUAUGUCCACGGUGGCUCAUACACAGAAGGUACUGGUAACAUGAUGGAUGGCAGCGUCCUGGCAAGCUACGGCAACGUCAUUGUCAUAACCCUCAACUAUCGCCUUGGAGUACUGGGAUUUCUUAGUACAGGUGACCAGGCAGCAAAAGGGAACUACGGCUUGCUGGAUCAGAUCCAGGCUCUGCGCUGGGUGAAGGAGAACAUUGCGGCCUUCGGAGGAGACCCAAACAGAGUCACUGUGUUUGGGUCCGGGGCUGGAGCCUCCUGUGUCAGCCUGCUCACCUUGUCUCACUACUCUGAGGACCUGUUCCACAGAGCCAUCAUCCAGAGUGGCAGUGCUUUAGCCAGUUGGGCUGUCAACUACCAGCCCAGCAAGUACGCAAGGCAGCUCGGUGAGAGGGUGGGCUGUGGCAUCGAUGACAGCACCCAACUGGUCGCUUGCCUCCAGGGCCGGAGUUACCGCGAACUUGUGGAGCAGAACAUAACGCCGGCCAAAUAUCACACGGCUUUUGCCCCAGUGAUUGAUGGAGAUGUUAUACCAGAUGACCCCCAGAUUCUGAUGGAGCAGGGAGAGUUUCUGAACUAUGACGUGAUGCUGGGGGUUAAUCAGGGCGAGGGCGUGAAGUUUGUUGAGGGCAUUGUGGACUCAGAGGACGGUGUCACGGCUGAGGACUUUGACUUUGCUGUGUCAGACUUUGUGGAUAGUUUGUAUGGAUACCCAGAAGGCCGUGAUACACUAAGAGAGAGCAUAAGGUUCAUGUACACGGACUGGGCGGACCGUGACAACGCAGAAACCCGGCGAAAGACUCUGGUUGCGCUAUUCACAGACCACCAAUGGGUGGCACCAGCAAUCGCCACAGCUGACCUCCACGCUCAGUAUGGAUCCCCCACAUACUUCUACUCCUUUUACCACCACUGCCAGAGUGACGCCACGCCGCCCUGGGCUGACUCCGCCCAUGGUGAUGAGGUGCCCUAUGUGUUCGGCGUGCCCAUGGUGGGACCCACUGAUCUGUUCAACUGUAACUUCUCCAAGAACGACGUGAUGCUGAGUGCUGUAGUCAUGACUUACUGGACCAACUUUGCCAAGACUGGUGACCCAAACCAGCCGGUUCCUCAAGAUACCAAGUUCAUCCACACUAAACCUAACCGUUUUGAAGAAGUGGCCUGGUCUAAGUACACCCCUAAAGAGCAGCUGUACCUCCACAUUGGCCUGAAGCCCCGUGUCAGAGACCACUACCGUGCCACCAAAAUCUCCUUCUGGCUCCAGCUGGUCCCUCACUUGCAUCAUGUCAAUGAACUCCUCCAAUCGGUGUCCUCCUUCACACAUAGUCCCUCUCCGCAGGAUGACACUCCUUACUCUUACACUAAGCGUCUGGCCAAAGGUUGGCCACCUAGUAGUACACGUCAUCCAAGUUCUCAAGGAGGUACUCCACAGCCGCCAGAGUCUGCUUUAGGUCAAGGUGGAGGGGAGAACGGGGUCCGCGUUCCUAAUGAGGACUACUCGACUGAACUCUCGGUGACAAUUGCGGUGGGAGCGUCACUUUUGUUUCUUAACAUCCUGGCGUUUGCGGCUCUGCUGUACAAGAAAGACAAGAGGCGUCUUGAGCAUCGUCGGCCACGUCCACUUCCACCCCCGAGGCGAGACAUCACACCUGCGGAUGUUGCUGCCCACCUGCAGGGGGAGGGACUGAUGUCAUUACAGGUGAAGCAGCUGGAGUGUGAUGCAGCAUCAGCAGAUGAGAGGAACAACGCUCACCACCAUCAUACACUGGAUACACUGGACGCCCUGGAUGGCUUGGACACCCAGGACAUCUACAGCACACUGGACACCGUGCGCCUCACCUGCCCGCCCGAUUACACCCUCACGUUGCGCCGCUCACCUGACGACGUCCCCCUCAUGACCUCCCUGACCCCAGGGUCGCUGCCUGUGACCCCUGGGUCACACCCUGUUACCCCGGCGACGCCGAUGACUCCCAUGACGCCUGGAUCAGUGGUGGGGAUGAGGAUGGGGCAUCCACACCAGGGAUACACACACCAUAGCCCAUAUAGUAAUACACACUUGCCACACACACACAUCUCCACGCACACACACUCCACCACGCGUGUAUAACCGCAGCAAGAUACUUGCACAUACAGGGACAUAAUUACAAGACACACAUGCUAACACACACACACUCACACACACACACACACACACACACACACGCACGCACGCACGCACGCACACACACACACACACACACACACACACACACACACACACACACACACACACACGCACACACACACACAGAUACACACACACAGACGCAUAAAACAAAAGACUUAAAUACCUCUACUAAUUACCCUGCAGGAUUGUUACAGAUGGAGUGACAGAAAGACAUUUUCAGUAACAGGAUGAAAAGACAGACAGCUGUGUGUUGCAUGUCGGGGAACUGAAGACAAACUGGAUCCCGGGAGAUGCAGUUCUAUGCAUCAUUCGCUCAUAACCUGGAAGAAGACGAGCCAAGACAUCCAUCAAACGUCUGAAAGCCUGCUUUGGAUAUUGAAUCCUCUGCUUUUUCUACACCUGAGGAGGAAGAGGAGGAGUACUGUGGCAAAAGGGUCAGUUAUGGAUCAGUUUACAUCUCCUACUGUACCUGCGCUGCACAAUGAAGCAGUGCUGGGACUGAGCAGAGCAGAUGUAGAUGCAGAACUGAGCUAAGAAGUACCACACACAGACUGCUGAUGUCAACUUGAACAACCUGUGAAAUGUGAAUGUAGCAUUUUUUUCCAUUAAAAGAUCAAAGGCCCUAUCUGCCAAGGAUCAACCUAAGCUGAGGAGAAAAAAAAAAAAUUCAGCGAGAGAUGGAUGUAAAAACAGACAGAGAGGAAGAGGGGAUUAAAAAAACAACAUUAGCUGAAGGAAAAGUUAGUCAGAUGGUGUGAAAGAGAUUAAGAUUUCAUUGAGAGGGAUUUAACAGCUGUGAGUGCGAGAAAGAUGAAGUGAGAUAGAGUGAUAUGGAAAACACAGGAACGGAAAGUGUGCCAAGAGACAGAAAUUAGCUUCAGAAGAAGAAGGGGCCUCUGAAGUGUUGUCAGAUUUACUGAAGAAUCACUCUAACCAGCUAUGUGUUAAACUCUUGUAAAUAGAAUGGAAAGAUACAGAUGAUAUAUUAUGAUUUAUAGCAUUUACCUGCUCUUGCAUUAAAACAUGACUUAUUUAACCACAUUAUUGCUUUCAUUUCAGAUAUUACUAUAUUAUUGUAUAGAUGUCCUGAAGCAAGGCUGGUUGUCUUUUUAUCUCACCCACUGUAGUAUGUACACAGUACCUUUAUUUAAACGCUAUAUUUGCUAUGCACAGUCAUUUCAAUAAUUCUUAACUAUGUAAACAUCUAGAUACCUGUUUAGUAGUUGAAGUAUAAGACAUUCUUCACAACCAUCCUGUCUAUUUGUUUGAUCAUCGGAUGAUGAGCUAGUACUGUGUAGAUAAUGCAAUAUUGGUUUGAUGAUUGAGCACCAGCCAAAAACCAUGACCCCUAACCCUUUCAACCUAAUCCCUUCCUGUUUUCCUUUCCCCCCUUGUUCCUAAAAUUCUUCUUUAAGGACUUAGCAGUAAUUUCCUACUAAACCCAACAUUAAUUAAUGUCUCUGCAGACAGACAGGUGGUGAUGAUUCAGGGGGGGGGUCACAGCGUGUCCCAAGAAGUCAAGAAUGCUUUUUCAUAUUUGUCUGACCUUUAUGUUUAACACCUUACCAGGGGCCCCAGUAUUUAAAAGCCCCUGCUUGAACUACCUAAUGCUGACUGAAACCUUGUCCCUUUCAAAGCCACCGAUUGGAAGAAUUUGGCCAAGUUGCAUUUCAUUAUUAUAAUAAUUGUUGAAGCCCUAAAAUAUCUCCGUAGUGUAGACCCAGAUUUUACAGCCCGGGGUUUGUUUUACUACCUGCUACCACACUGUCAAUUGUUUGGGUACAUAUUUGAUUAAUUAAGGGGAGCGUGGGUGGAGCUGAGGAGGGAUGAUCACAUCAUUUGUGUGACAGUUUGACUCGACAUUGAUGGCAAACACAGCUCCAAACAUACCGCCUUUUAAGCCUUAAUAUCCUCGAGUCUUAAUGGAGCAAUAUUUUUUCAAGUUGCUACCAAGACAUGCUUUAGAAGAUGUUAAAUUAAUUAUUAAAACCCCAACCAGCAUCUUGUAGAAAUAAUGAUUGACUUCAUUUCCGAAGAGUUGGAGGUUUUUCUGCUGACUUCUCAGCGAAUGCUCGAGGGCGGCAGUAGUUGCUGCUAUGUGUCAUCAUAAUAAGAUUUGCAGCAUUCAUAAAAUCAAUUUCAACCAAUUCUUAUUGACAUACAUGUGGCAGAGAUGUGGCACUGUCAUGGCUGCCACUAAAAAUGACAAAUGGUCAAACUGUCUAUUUGGUUGCUACUGUAAAGAUAAAAACCUUAUAUUCCAAUUAAACAACCAACCUCAAACUCCCACACCUUGAUUCUAACCGGUAACUCAACCAAACCCCCUAACCCUGAUUUAGUAUUUUUCCUGUUUUAUUUUAUCUAUCUUACCUUUUCCUGCUCCUUACCUUACCCUAACCUGUCCCUUCCACCCCUGCUCUGCCCCCCUCCCCCUCCCAGCCUCAUCUGUGCGACUACAUGCAGCUUUGUCACAGUGAGGCCUAUUUAACCUCCUCUCAUCCUAAGUAACUUCUUCAUGAGAAAUUUUAGUUAAUUGUCAACAGAAUACAUGAAAAAUGAAAGCCGAAGACAUUUGUGGAUGGCAAGCAAAGAACUUUUACAAAAUGAUAUAAAAAUAACAUUUAACGGAUGUGUUUGAUUGACUGAAUAAUUUUUUUCAUAUGGGUUUAUUGACUCAGCGGAUGGCUGGAUUGUGUCAAGCAUAAAACAUUUCUGCUGCAUUUUUGAAAAAUAAAAAUAUCAGUAUUUUACAAUUUA